UUGAAUUAAUCACGCCAGUUCAUGAAAUGACGAACAGUAUCGGCCUGACAUAAUAAUGUUUGUGAAAGUAUAAAGAAAACAGCAUUAAUGGAAGGUUGGACAAGGAUGGGGGAGGAAAAAGACACUCGAGGGAAGGAUUACUCCUGGAUUGUUUUUUGUUCAGCUUUCUUGUUGUUCUUCGUACAGCCGGGUUUGGCUCAGAUAAGAUAUUCAAUUCCCGAGGAGGUAAAAGACGGAACUGUUGUUGGAAAUAUUGCAAAGGAUCUUGGUCUUGACAUUGCUUCUUUGAGUGAUCGGCGGUUUCGAGUUGUUUCUGAAAAUAAGGAUGGUAUUUUUGAGGUAAACCCAGAUAAUGGAGCAUUGUACGUUCAUAACCACAUCGACAGAGAGGAGCUGUGUCAGGGCAGCGGUGCGUGUCUCAUUGAGCUUAAAAUUCUUGUCGAAAACCCGUUGGAAAUACAUUAUGUAGUUGUAGAAAUCACUGAUGUAAAUGAUCACUCUCCUAGUUUUCCUGAAAGUGAACAAACGUUUGAAAUAGCGGAGCACACGUCGCCCGGAAAGCGAUUUCAGCUGCACUCUGCUCGUGAUCCAGAUGCAGGAAUAAACUCGAUUCGCACAUACACUUUAACCUCAAAUGAACAUUUUGAGGUAAAUAUUCGUCAAAAUGACGUGGAAAAAAUACCAUUUUUGAAGCUAAAAAAACCGCUCGAUAGAGAAGAAAAGAGAGAACACAAUCUUUUGGUCACAGCAGUUGAUGGAGGUAAACCUCAAAGAACAGGAACAUUAAAUAUAACCAUUAUUGUUCUUGAUAGUAAUGAUAAUAUACCGAUUUUCAGUCAGGAGGUUUAUCAUAUUACAAUUCAAGAAAACAUUCCUCUCAAGACGCCAAUAUUUAAAAUGAAUGCAACCGAUCCAGAUGAAGGUACGAACGGCGAAAUUGAAUACAGUCUUGGUAAAACGUUAAAGCAGAAGGUCUAUGAUAUUUUUGAAGUGGAGGAAUUAACUGGAGAAAUUAAAAUUAAAGGAUUGGUAAAUUACGAAGAAAAUGAUAUGUAUGAACUUGACAUUGAGGCAUCAGAUAAAGGAACACCUCCACUUACAGGUGAAUGUAGGGUUAUAAUAAAAAUAACAGACGUCAACGAUAAUGCACCAGAAAUAGAAGUCACUUCACUGUCUAAUACAGUACCUGAAGAUUCAAAGCCUGGUACUGUUAUUUCACUGAUUAGAGUUAGAGAUAAAGACUCUGGUGUUAAUGGUAAAAUUAUUCUACAGAUAACAAAUGACGUACCUUUUGAGUUAAAGCCCUCUUAUAAGGAGAACACAUAUUCAAUAGUCACUAAGGGAUUACUGGAUCGAGAAAAGGUGUCAUUUUACGAACUAAAAAUAAAAGCUACAGAUUGUGGUGAGCCUCCAUUAUCAACUUUAAAAACCCUCAAUAUUCAGAUAUCAGAUGUAAAUGACAACAGUCCACAUUUUCAUCAAAGUCCUUUAGAAUUUUAUCUGAUUGAAAACAACGUUGCCGGUCAGUCAAUACUCUCUGUAAGCGCAGCAGAUGAUGAUUUAGACAAUAAUGCAGUGAUUUCCUAUCAUAUAGCGAGGGACGGAAGUCAGAACGAUAUCAUGUCUUUUCUAAAUAUUAAUUCGGAUAAUGGACACGUCACAGCACUAAAAAGUUUUGACUUUGAAACUCUGAAAACGUUCCAGUUCCAAGUUGUCGCCACAGAUUCUGGAACUCCGUCACUGAGCAACAACGUGACAGUGAACGUGUUCAUUCUGGAUCAGAACGACAACGCUCCAGUCAUUCUGUAUCCGCUCAGCUCCAACGGUUCUGCUGAAGGUGUGGAGGAGAUUCCACGGAAUGUCAACGCAGGACACUUGGUGACUAAAGUCAGAGCCUAUGAUGCUGAUAUAGGAUAUAACGGCUGGUUACUGUUUUCACUGCAGGAAGUUACUGACCACAGUCUGUUUGGUUUGGACCGCUACACAGGACAGAUCAGAACACUUCGCUCAUUCACAGAAACAGACGAGGCUGAGCACAAACUGGUCAUACUGGUCAAAGACAAUGGGAACGUUUCACUGUCAGCAACAGCUACUGUGGUUGUCAAAGUUGUGGAGCCAAAGGAAGCUUUUGCAGCUUCUGAUGUGAAAAGUGCAGCAAAGGAUGAUGACAGUAAUGUGACUUUUUAUCUGAUGAUAACUUUGGGCUCAGUUUCAGCACUUUUUAUCAUCAGUAUCAUUGUUCUAAUUGCAAUGCAGUGCUCCAAGUCCACAGACUAUACAUCUAAAUAUCUGGAAGAUAAAAAUUAUGAUGGGACACUGUGUCACAGCAUCCAGUACAGAUCUGGAGACAAACGAUACAUGUUGGUUGGACCCAGAAUGAGUAUAGGAUCUACUAUAGUCCCUGGAAGUAAUGCAAAUACUCUGGUUCUACCUGACAGGAGAAAAGCAUCUGGAGAGGUAAGACUUCAAAAACAGUCUUUUGUCCAAUGUAUCUUGAAUGAUUUAGCUUCAUUGAAUUCAGCUUAA